UACUUGUUGUGAGUCUUGAUCAACAAGCUUCCGACAAAUACAUCAAUCAAUCCUCUAAUUUUAAUCUUCUCACUUACUCCAACCCGACCCCACCUACAUGUAUUGUCUGCGUCUUAAUAUAGCAUGAUCAUCAUACACUAACAUCUUAUUAAUUAAUUUAUAAAAAAAUUCGAUUUUUCAAACGGGGCCCCACCCCACCACCACCGCAAUGCCAUCCCCAUGCACGCAAAGUUAAAAAGGCAACAACGAUGAUCCACAAAAAGCUAGCCCAACAAUUCCUCUUCCAUUUCUCAUCCCCCAAAACCUAGAGGAAUUGAAGAUUAUUGAGAAAGAGUGUAUAUUUGCAAGAAAAGAUAAAGGCCGUUGUGGUUUGAAGAAAUGAAAGUGCCCUUCCCUGCAAAGAGAGCAGCAGCAGAAGCAUCCCGCCCCUACGAGCCCAAAUCCGUCCUCGAGCUCCGAGGAAGCCCGAGCCCGGUGGGCGAGCAGAAGAUCAUCAGCGAACUGGAGGAUCAUGUGCUGAUCAGCCCACAAUUGGACGAGUGGGAUUCCUUGAUGAGAGAUUUGGGGCUGCACGACGACCCCAACCCCGAUUUCGGCCUCCUCUCCGAUAUCCCGCCUCAAAACCCUAUCGCCGAUCUCGUCGGCUCCGACUACGUGGACGACCUCAUCCGCCUGGCCGAGUGCUUCGAGACCAACUCGCUCCAGCUGGCCCACCUCAUACUUGCGCGCCUCAAUCAACGCCUCCGAUCCGCCUCCGGGAAACCCUUGCAGCGAGCCGCCUUCUACUUGAAGGAAGCCCUGCAGUCGCUCCUCACGGGCUCCACCCCUCCCAUGCACCAGCCGCAGGAGAUCAUCCACACCAUCAAGGCUCACAAGACCUUCUCCAGCAUAUCUCCCAUCCCCAUGUUCUCCAGCUUCACCGCCAACCAGGCCCUGCUCGACGCCCUCCACGGCUCCAUGCUCCUCCACGUCAUCGACUUCGACAUCGCCCUCGGCGGCCACUGGGCCUCCUUCCUCCGGGACCUCUCCGACAACCCCGACGCCCGCAACCCCGCCCUCCGGAUAUCGGCGCUCGUGCCGGAGGACUACGCCGCCGAGUCCACCCUCAUCAGGGACAACCUCACCCACUUCGCCAGGGAACUCAACAUCAGCUUCGAGAUCGAUUUCGUCUUGAUCCGCACCUUUGAGUACCUGUCCUUCAAGUCCAUCAAGUUCGUCCAAGGGGAGAAGCUGGCCGUGCUUCUCUCGCCGGCGAUAUUCCGCCACGUGGGGACGGCCUUCCUCAACGACCUGCGCCGGCUCUCGCCGCACGUGGUGGUGCACGUGGACGCCGAGGGCCAGAUGGGCUUCGGCACGACGUCGUACCGCCAGGCCGUGAUCGACGGCCUCGAGUUCUACUCCACGCUCUUGGAGUCCUUGGAGGCCGCCAACUUCAACGGCGCCGGCGCCGGGGAUUGGAUGCGGAAGAUCGAGACGUUCGUGCUCUACCCCAAGAUCCUCGAGGGGGUGGAGGCGGCGGGGCGGCGGGGCACGGCCUGGAGGGAGGCGCUGGUGGCGGCGGGGAUGCGGCAGGUGGGGCUGAGUCAGUUCGCCGAGUUUCAGGCGGAGUGUUUGCUGCGGAGAGUGCAAGUCAGAGGAUUCCACGUCGUCAAGAGACAGGCGGAGAUGAUGCUUUGCUGGCACGAUAGGCCGCUUGUCGCCACCUCAGCUUGGAGGUUUUGAUUAACCUUUAAUCCCAAAAUUAGCAAGUUAAUCAACUUCGCUUAUCCUGUUUAUGCUUAACCUCAUGUGAUCCAUAUGUUCACGUUCAAUUAGCUGGAUCACUCUUCAAUACUAUUUUACUCUUCCACUUUUCAUUCUACACUGCUUUUUUCCAAAUCCAUACUUCCAUUAAAUUUGAGGACAAGGAUGUUCCCAUACAAUUUGCUUGUCAAUAAAUACUAAUACUUUUUCCAUUUUCGGUGACCAAA